CCUCAGAUAUGUGGGGACUGAAGUUCACCACGUUGUUGAAAUGAUCAUAUUUUCAUAAUGGAGCCCAGGACGGAAUCUAAAAAUGAAAAGCCGUGGUCAAAGGAGACAGCCAGGCCUUCACUCCGCCAGACGCAACACAAGUUCAGCAGAAUGAUGAGCGAUGACAAUCAAGACGCAUUUAGAAGUGUCAGCCGAAAGCCAGGCCUGCAGAUAUGGACCAUCAAUAACAUGCAGAUGGUGCCUGUUCCAGCCCAAGGCUUUGGUAACUUCUUUGAGGGAGACUGUUACAUUGUUCUGUAUAUAAGUCAGGGCAAGGGUUCGGGCCAGUCUGCUGACAUUCACUACUGGAUAGGAAAGUCCUCCUCUCAGGACGAGCAAGGUGCAGCGGCCAUCUACGUCACCCAGCUGGACGAAUACCUGGGUGGGAGUCCGGUGCAGCACAGGGAGGUGCAGGGCAGUGAGUCACCCCGCUUCAGGAGCUACUUCAAAAAUGGCCUCAUCUACAAGAAGGGUGGCGUGGCCUCGGGCUUUCACCACGUUGACACGAAUGUCUACAAUGUCCUGCGACUACUGCACGUCAAAGGGAGGAAGCACGUCACAGCCGCAGAGGUGGAGGUGUCGUGGAACAGCUUUAACACCGGAGAUAUAUUCCUCCUGGAUAUGGGGAAAGCCAUAGUGCAGUGGAACGGCCCCCAGAGCAACAGGAGGGAGAAGCUCAAGGCGGUGCUGUUGGCUCAGGACAUCCGUGACAGGGAGAGAGGAGGUCGCGCUCAGAUUGGUUUGGUGGAGGGAGGAGAUGAGCAGGACUCCCCGGAGCUGAUGAAGGUCAUGACGGCGGUGCUCGGCCAAAGAACCGGGUCGCUGAAAGAGGCCGUCCCCGACGACAGACCCGGUCAAGCGCAGAACGGCAGCGUCAGGCUGUACCACGUUUUUGAAAAUAGCGGGAAUCUCGUGGUUCAAGAAGUGGCCACGCAACCUCUAACGCAAGACCUGCUGCACUCCUCUGACUGUUACAUCGCGGACCAGGGCGGCUCUAGUGUGAUGGUGUGGAAAGGCAAACAGGCCUCCAAGGAAGAGCGGCGAGAAGCUCUGAACAGGGCAGUGGGCUACAUCAAAGCCAAGAACUACCCACCCAGCACCACUGUAGAGGUGAUGACGGAGGGAGGAGAGUCGGCAUUGUUCAAGCACCUGUUCAAAUCCUGGAGAGACAAAGGGCAAACUCAGGGUCUGGGUACCACCUACAGCGUGGGGAAGAUAGCUAAGGUCGACCAAGUGAAGUUCGAUGUGAUGGAGCUCCACGCUCGUCCCGAACUGGCGGCACAGCAGCGCAUGGUAGACGACGCAUCUGGAGAUGUUAAGGUGUGGCGCAUCGAGAACCUGGAGCUGGCCGAAGUGAAUCCAAGUACUUACGGACAGUUCUAUGGAGGAGACUGCUACUUGGUAUUGUACACGUAUCAGAGGUCGAACAAGCAGCAGUACGUCCUCUACAUGUGGCAGGGCCGUCAUGCCACCAAAGACGAGAUCACAGCGUGCGCCUACCAGGCUGUCAACAUUGAUAACGAAUACAAUGGAGCCCCGGUGCAGGUCAGGGUGGUGAUGGGAAAAGAGCCGCGCCACUUCCUGGCUAUUUUCAAAGGCAAACUCAUCAUCUUCGAGGGCGGUACAGGUCGCCCAGGUGCGGUCAACCCUGACGCGGGUGCCAGGCUGUUCCAGGUAAGAGGGACUAAUGAGCUGAACACCAAGGCCACCGAAGUGCUGGCAAGGGCCUCGUCCCUCAACACCAACGACGUUUUCCUUCUGAAGACCGAUCACAUAUGCUACCUGUGGUACGGAAAGGGCUGCAGCGGCGACGAGAGGGUGAUGGGGAGAGCGAUGUCUGAUGUGCUGUCCAAGCAGGACAAGCAGGUGGUGAUGGAGGGCCAGGAGCCAGCUGAAUUCUGGGUAGCCCUGGGAGGAAAGGCCCCCUAUGCCAGUGACAAGAGACUGCAGAAGGAGGAGCCUCCCCACAGUCCCCGGCUGUUUGAAUGCUCCAAUCAGACGGGUCAGUUUAGGAUGACCGAGGUGGGUGACUUCGCGCAGAGUGACCUGGACGAGGAGGACGUCAUGCUGCUGGACACCUGGGAGGAGAUUUUCCUGUGGGUUGGAAAAUCAGCCAACCAGCAUGAGACCAAAGAGGCUUGGAACAGCGCACAGGAAUACCUGAGGACCCACCCUGCGGGCCGUGACCCGGACACGCCCAUCAUCUUUGUCAAACAGGGAUAUGAGCCGCCCACCUUCACCGGCUGGUUCAACGCAUGGGAUCCCCAUAAGUGGAGCGGAGGCAACUCCUAUGAGGAGAUGAAAAAAAAGCUGAGUGAUCCUGCAUCUCUCUCACAGAUCACUGUUGACCUGAACAACACCAACCUGAGUAAGAGUCCAUCCCCAGUUGGGAUGGGUGGGGGUGGUUACAGGGCUCCAGGGGGCCCUGUGAACUCCCCUACUCUCUACAGGGUCCAUGGGGGUGAUCUGUCCCCAAGACCCUCCACUCCCACCAGCCCGUCCACUCAGAGAGUCCAGCCCCCUGCGUCUAUGAACCUGUCCCCGUCUGCUAGCUUCACUCCGUCGUCCCCAGCCGGUGGCACCGUGUCCCCCUCUGCUGGAGGCUCUGGGAUGUAUCUGGACCCGGAGCUGCUCAUCAACAAGUCUCCCAGCGAGCUGCCGCAGGGAGUGGAGCCCGGCCAGAGAGAGGCCCACCUGUCAGAUGCGGACUUUGAGAACCUGCUUGGCACGAGUCGGCCAGACUUCCAGCGUCUGCCAAAGUGGAGGCAGAAUGACUUGAAGAAAAAAGCAGGACUGUUCUGAGAAGGAUUUCCUGUUGGAAUCAAACGUGUCGUGAAAGACGGGACUGUUAGCGGUCUUCAUCUGAAUAACAUGAUGUAUUUUCACCCAUCAGUGACAUUAUAGUGAUUAUAACAGCUGCAUAGAAAUGUAAAGCUUAACAUGAUUAUUAAAAUGACACAUUUAAUGCACAUGACUGAAAUUAAUAUAAUAUAAAUAUAUAAUUAUAUAUAUAUAUAAACAUUCCUCAGAAUUGU